AUGCCUCUACCGCUGCGAGAGCCAGUUGUAGCUUUUGGGAGCAUCGCUAUGCAUGCUGUUGUUGUUGGCACGUAUUUCGUUUUCGGUAUAGUUGCUGGUGCCGUCAACAUAUAUGCUAAUGAUCAAGGGAAGGAUCGUGCGUCUGGCUGCAACGAGUCUGAUAAGUGGGUGGGCAAUAUUAUAUGUGCGUUCAACAGGACUGCUAGUAACUUAUAUUUUACUAGUGUGACUUUAUCAACUGUUGGUUACGGAGACAUCGUUCCCCGUGACGGAGAUAAAGUUGCCAUGUUGCUGACAAUGCUCUUGAUGAUAUUGGGUUACUACAUUGUGAGUUUUCUAAUUGCCGCGGAAGUUGACAGAUUGGGUUGUUGGUUAUUGAUGCGCUUCAACGAGAGAAGAAGAGGAUUCAUAAGAUUUUACUCGGCAUGUCUUUGCGGGCCAAUACUCAUAGCUUCUGGAGGUGUUAUGAUUAGGUAUAUGGAGGAGAUUUCGUGGGCCGAUUCCUUCUAUCUAUCAGUGGCGUCUGUCACAACUACAGGGUACGGGGAUAAGCAUUUCAAAACAUUGUUGGGCAAGUGUUUUGCUAGCAUAUGGCUUCUGGUCAGCACCAUCCUGAAUAGUAAAUCUGCACAGUUUUUGUUUGACGCGACCAUGCGGAUAGAAAGAGUGAGAUCUUGUGGUGACUGUGGCACCAUUUGCCACACAUGUGCCGUCGCGGACUUAACCUCACAAAUACACGCAGAACGCAUUGGAUGA